CCAGUGAUCGAGUGAUCUCUGCUCCACAGCCUGCAUCUCAUCGUCACACAGAGAUUUCCCCCCCUGCUGCAUGCGUAACAUCUCUCCAGGUCCAGCCGUGGCGCUCACUUCGCCGCGCGCGUCUCCGCUUCCCACACGGAUCACGCACGACUCACGCACAACGAACCGCUGAGGGGGGGGAGAAAAACCGCCAGGCAGGAUUUACCUUCGCGGGUCGAGUCCGGCGCAGGAGCGAGGCUGGGAUUUCCUCCCAUCGAUUCAUCUCUUGACACAUCCCUGGUCGUGCGCGCGUGCCUGCGUGCGUGCGUGUGCGUUGGGUGGAGUCAAUCCGGAAUUCUCCAAAUUGGAAAACCGUUGGCACAUUCCAGGGGCCACCAUGAAGGACGGCAUCGCCAACAACAGCACGGCGAGCAUCUCCCACGCCAGGAAAGCCGUGGAGCAGCUGAAGAUGGAGGCCUGCAUGGACAGAAUAAAGGUCUCCAAAGCCGCUGCAGACCUGAUGGCGUACUGCGAUGCUCACAUACGUGAGGACCCGCUCAUCGUGCCUGUCCCCGCCUCCGAGAACCCGUUCCGGGAGAAGAAGUUCUUCUGCACCAUCCUCUGAUGAGCUGCCGGCAGAGAUCCUUGGGUGCAGGCGUUGCCUGGCUUCUCUGUCUUCUCCACAACUGAAGCUUCUGGCCAUGGGCAUUGAGGAGAGGUUUGCCUGGUGGACUCUCUGUUGGGGGUCCGCUCUGUCCUGGUGGCUGAAGGAUUUGGGGGAGUCAGGAACCAAACUGGCAACCCAGUGAGCGUAUCAUGUCUUGUUAAAUAGGUUUGUUAUUGCUUUGUUAUUAGAGAACAGUCUUGCUCAGUGCUUAAUGAGAUGAGAGAUGUUUUUUUUCUUUUGUUGUGCUAGAUCUUAUUGCCUCAGGAAACUGACAUUUUUGCCCAGUUUUGGUUCUUUUUCUUGAUCACAGCAAGCAUGAGUUUCUGUCCGGUAGGAAGCAGCUCUGUGAUGCUCCGAAGCAGCCCUGAAAUCCGACGGUUGUUCCUGCAGAGUCACCGACGCUGAAGCUGCUGGUUUCAGUGCUGCAGUGCAGCAAGGAAACUUUAUCGUGCAAAGUAAAUCAUUCGACUCAGAAGAGAGAGGAAGGUUCUCCACGUGGCUUCUGCAGCUCUUAUUUAGGGCGCAGUGAUGAAGUUUUGAGCAAGCUUCCAGUCCUAAAAUAAUUGAUGAAUCUGCCUCCUCCUCCUCCUCCUCCUCCUGGAGCUGACUCCCCUGCCUCCCCUGCCUCCCCCUUCAGGUGAUCCUACUGGAUAUCUUGGUUUCCUGGGCAUGUUUCCUCAGCCUGAUUUCUUUUUUUUGUAUCUUUUUGCCUGUCCUGGAGUGAAUGGCGAGGCCUUUCGACAUUACUGAAGGCCUGCAUGUUUCCCCGCUCCUUUUUGACGGCCUCCUCCGUUUCCGAGGGACUCUCAGUCUUUUAGAGUGUACAGUAUGUUUCAGUGCCAAUUUCCUGUCAGAGCGGCGUGAUCCUCACACCCUGCUCCUGCAGCCUUUCUCCCCGUCCUCAUUUCAUUUUUGGAAGAAAAAGCACAUUUUCCUUUACAUGGUAGUUGAAUAGCAUUUGCCGAUUUCUACGAUGACUUGUUCUGAUCGUUCUUAAUAUUGGUAUUAUCAGUAGUAAUAUUGAAUAUUCGUUGCACAGCACUGACGGCUCCAUGACGUGUUGUGCUACUCAGCUCGUAUGAUACUUAGAAGAAAAAAUAUUUAUAAGUCAUGCAAUUAUUGUUACUAGCCGAGUAUUUUUUAAAGAAAACAACAACAACGAUGGUGAGGCUCGUUUACAUGACAUGAUCCCCUUUUCUCGGUUCAGCUUUUUGCAUUUUUGUUGGUGAAAAAUGAAUAAAAGGAGGAAAAUAAAAAAAAAUCCUCCCUCCUGAUACUUGAAUCAUCAUCGAUGGGAUCAUUUCACGGCGGUCAGAAAGCCCGAGACGCCGCCUCAGGACUCUCUGACCUCGUCUUAAAGUUGGUGCCAAACCUGUAACCAGAAUCACAACAGCUAGAGAUUAAUAUUGCAUGGAUUUAUUUCUGUCUGUGAAGGAAAGACCUGACAUGAAAUGUUAUUGACCUUCUGGGUGCUUCUCUGCACUAAAGGAUCCGGUAGAGUCAGGUCAUGUAGAUCAGUAUUGUUUAUUUUGGGUGGGUGGGGCUUUGUUAACUCUGACAGAACAAUUCAAUUAAAGGCAAACAAUAUCCCAUA